CUAAUAACUCCAACCCAGUUUGCUUCCACAGCCUGGUGCUAUUACUUGACUCAACGGCUUGUCAGAUAUUGAAGUGUCACGCAGGUCACGGUCGACCUUGGUCGACGUCAGACACUCUCCCCUUAGGCAAAGCGUUGCCUAUGCCAUUCUACUAAACAUCGCCAUACUUCGAUACGGCCCUUACGCAACUCGUUUGUCUACUCCGAACUAUAUCGUUAUGCCCGGCGGAGUCGUUUUACCACACUCAGCUUUAUGCGUUGUGAACGAUCGUCUCAGUCUGGUAGAUCAGGCUUGUUCUGGAUCUUGCCCGUUUUCUUCGAGCCUCCAGCAGGACCCACCCCAUGACGGAGACGACCCCAUAUUCUUCUUACAUGUCCUCCGUCAUACACCCGGGAUCGCACCGCCAGCAGCAAAUGCGACCGACCUUUUCGAUGCCCUCGACACAAUAGCGGUCACGCUCCGUGGCGAGACAGAUGAUUUGGGGUUCUUGCGGGAGUUCUUUGGGCCAGAAUCUGUGUUCUGGGAUGCGAAAGAGCACUUGUUUGGCGUCACGUCAACUCGACGGGAGCGUUUUUUUGACUGCGUGUGGCCACGAAUUGUCGAUAUCGCGUUGAAUUUGCCAAACCUGUUUCCGAGCGGUCACGCUCCAACGCUGGUCUCUGUCGAAAAAAUCCACUUGACGAGACAACAAACUGCCUGUCUCGUUGCACACCAGUUUCUUUGCACGCUUCCUCGUGCUGGUGGUAAGGCUUACGAGGAGCUGGAUUCCAUGGAUCUGCACAUCUGGUUUUCAAGAGACCAACCUCACCCGUAUGCGGUUCAGGCUUACCUAACUGCAUUGAUCGUCUUUCUCGAAAGAACAGUAAUGGAAGAGGAUGUGGACAGAGACACUACAUUCACUCUUACUGGCCCCUUCGCACCCUCAGACUCAACCCGAAACCGGAGUUUUUGUCCCGUCGAACUUGACGUCCGUGGCCACGACGCUAUAGUUAUCUCCCCGCAGUCUGUCGGCCUCCAAUACUCCGCUGACGUUGGUGCCUCCAAUGCAUGCGUCAUUUCAGCUAAUAAACAUCCUGGCUUCGGUAGAACGGCGUCUCAAGAGGAAAUGCAUGUCGGGUGUUCGCCAGCGAGUUGGGUACUCAAACUUGUUAUGCCUACCUCUGGCUUGCCCGACGACCAAGCGUUGGUUGUCGAAGGAUGCGAGUUGAUUGUGGAGAUGACUGGUUUCUCUCGUUCAGCGCGACUCUCUGGGAUCUCCUUGAGCGAGAACAAGUGGUCGUCGAGAACAAUGCUGUUUAUGGACGCCCUGCCCUUCGACGCUUACGACACAACCACAUCCACAGCGAUUAUACCGGACCUGCUGCCAGGAAACGUUGAGCGCGAGUUCAAGAAGGCGUGUGCGGCGUUCAAUUCGGCUCCUUAUGAUCAGAUCAUAACUGGUCACUGGGGCUGCGGCUCGUUCGCAGGGAAUAAACCGGUCAAGGCUAUCAUCCAAUGGUGUGCAGCGAGCAUGUCGGGUAUUGGUCGACUCAAAUUCAUUUGUUGGCCUGGGGAAGAUGAAUCGUUUCCCGAUGAAUUUUCUGGGUUUAUUGAGUUGGUGGCUAACGGUGGCUAUACUGUGGCAAAUCUAUUGGAUGUGUUGCUGAAACUGCGCACCGAUGACGAGCCUGCUCGUCACAAGUCACACUUUGUCACCCAGUUUGAUUUCCUAUUUUAG